GGCGGGGCCUCCUGCCCUGUACGUGCAGCUCCACGGGGAGACCAGCCGGCGGCUGGAGGCCCACGAGAAGCCGCUGCAGAUCCAGAACGACUACCUCUCCCAGCUGGGCUUUCGGGACCUGUGGCGGGUGCAGGAGGAGGGCAUGGACUCGGAGACCGGCUGCCUCAUCCGCUUCUAUGCCGGAAAGCCCCACAGCAUUGGCAGCUCCGAACGGAUUCAGCUCUCAGGAAUGUACAAUGUUCGAAAAGGGAAAAUACAUUUGCCAGUCAACAGAUGGACAAGACGCCAAGCUAUCCUUUGUGGAACAUGCCUAAUUGUCUCAUCAGUAAAAGAAAGCCAGACUGGAAAGAUGCAUGUCCUCCCUUUAAUUGGUGGAAAAGUGGAAGAAGUGAAAAAGCACCAGCACUGUUUAGCAUUUAGCUCCUCUGGACCUCAAAGCCAGACCUACUACAUUUGUUUUGAUAACUUCACUGAAUAUCUGCGAUGGCUGCGACAAGCAUCAAAGGUUGCAUCACAACGCAUAAGCUCAGUGGAUCUUUCAUGCUGCAGCCUGGAGCACCUGCCUGCCAACCUGUUUUAUAGCCAAGACCUCACUCAUCUCAAUUUAAAACAGAACUUCCUGAGGCUAAACCCCAGCCCAUCCACAAGUAGAGCGCUUAGUGAAUUACAGAGAUUCACAAAGUUGAAGAGCCUUAACCUUUCCAAUAAUAAUUUAGGAGACUUCCCACUGGCAGUCUGCAGUAUCCCAACUCUGACUGAACUCAACGUGUCCUGCAAUGCCCUCAGAAGCAUUCCAGCAGUUGUAGGCGAGAUGCACAACUUGCAGACAUUUUUGCUGGAUGGCAACUUUCUCCAGUCCCUUCCUGAUGAAUUGGAGCAUAUGCAUCAGCUCAGUUAUGUGAGUCUGUCCUUCAAUGAGUUCACUGACAUUCCGGGGGUUCUGGAGAAGCUCACUGCCAUGGAUAAGCUUUGUAUGUCAGGAAACUGCAUGGAUACCCUGAACCUACAGGUGUUGAAAAGGAUGCCUCAUAUUAAACAUGUGGAUCUAAGAUUGAAUUCAAUUAGGAGAUUGGAGGCCGAUGAAGUAGAUUUUCUGCAUCACGUGACCCAACUAGAUCUGAGAGACAACAGACUUGGGGAGCUGGAUGCAACAGUUUUUAACAAUGUUGAAGUAUUACACUGUGAAAGGAAUCAACUGGUAACCCUCAAAAUCAGUGGAUAUUUUCUCAAAGCACUGUACGCUUCCUCGAAUGAACUUGUUCACCUUGAUGUGUAUCCAGUUCCUAAUUGCCUGGCUUAUAUGGAUAUUUCUAGAAAUCACCUGGAAAACCUGCCUGAGUGGGUGUGUGACAGCAGGAAACUGGAAGUGUUGGAUGUUGGCCACAAUCAGAUACGUGAGCUGCCUGCCCGGUUGUUUUACAACAGUAGCUUGCGUAAGCUGCUGGCAGGACAUAACAUGUUAGGAAGGCUACCAGAUCGGCUCGAGCGAACACAAGUGGAGGUCCUGGACGUGCAACACAACCAGCUCCUUGAACUGCCAUCUAACCUGCUUUUGAAAGCAGACAGCCUGAGAUUUCUUAAUGCCUCUGCCAACAAACUGGAAAUGCUUCCUCCAGCCACCCUUUCUGAAGAAACCCACAGCAUCUUGCAGGAGUUGUAUUUGACCAAUAACAACCUCACAGAUAAAUGUGUACCCUUGUUAACAGGCCACCCACACCUGAAAAUCUUGCACAUGGCUUACAAUCGCCUACAGAGCUUCCCUGCAAGCAAAAUGGCCAAGCUAGAAGAGUUGGAGGAAAUUGAUAUUAGUGGGAACAAACUGAAAGCCAUUCCAACAACCAUCAUGAAUUGCAGACGUAUGCAUACUGUAAUUGCUCACUCCAACUGCAUUGAAGUCUUCCCAGAAGUCAUGCAGCUUUCUGAAAUAAAGUGUGUGGAUCUAAGCUGCAAUGAACUGAGUGAAGUCACAUUGCCUGAAAACCUGCCUCCAAAACUGCAAGAACUGGACCUGACUGGAAAUCCCAGAUUAGCCCUGGAUCACAAAACCCUAGAGCUGCUGAACAAUAUUCGCUGCUUCAAGAUCGACCAGCCCUCAGCCGGUGACGCUUCAGGAGCGCCGGCAGUGUGGAGUCACGGGUACACGGAGGCAUCCGGCGUUAAGAACAAGCUGUGUGUGGCAGCACUUUCAGCCAACAACUUCUGCGACAACCGGGAGGCACUUUAUGGUGUUUUUGACGGUGACCGCAAUGUGGAAGUGCCGUAUUUGCUGCAGUGCACCAUGAGUGACAUCUUAGCAGAAGAGCUACAGAAAACAAAGAAUGAGGAGGAAUACAUGAUUAACACUUUCAUUGUUAUGCAGAGGAAACUUGGAACAGCUGGACAGAAACUUGGAGGCUCUGCUGUCCUUUGCCAUAUAAAACAUGAUCCCAUGGACCCUGGUGGAUGCUUCACGCUAACCUCAGCAAAUGUGGGGAAGUGCCAAACAGUUCUUUGCCGGAAUGGGAAACCUCUGCCUUUGUCCAGGUGUUACGUGAUGAGUUGUGAAGAAGAGCUGAAGAGGAUUAAGCAGCAUAAGGCCAUUAUCACAGAGGAUGGUAAAGUGAAUGGUGUGACAGAUUCAACAAGAAUCUUGGGGUACACCUUCCUUCACCCAAGUGUUGUGCCGCGUCCUCAUGUCCAGUCCAUCACCUUAACUCCACAAGAUGAGUUCUUCAUUCUGGGAAGCAAGGGGCUGUGGGACAGCCUCUCGAUGGAGGAAGCAGUGGAGGCAGUCAGAAACGUGCCUGAUGCGCUGGCAGCCGCGAAGAAGCUUUGCACUUUGGCCCAGAGUUACGGCUGCAACGACAGUAUCAGCGCUGUCGUGGUGCAGCUCAAUGUGACGGAGGACAGCUUCUGCUGCUGCGAACUUAACGGGGUCCCACCCCCCAGCCCAGGCAUUUUCCCCCAGUCCGUCAAUGUGGUCAUCAAGGACAGGCCAACAGAUGCGCUUGGGAUGCCGUCUUCAAGCAGCGGUAUGGCUUCAGAAAUCAGCAGCGAGAUCUCCACCUCCGAAAUGAGCAGUGAGGUGGGGUCCACAGCCUCCGAUGAGCCUCCCCAGGUAGCCAUGAAUGAGAACAGCCCGGCCUACCCAGGGGAGCAGCGCUGCAUGCUGCACCCUGUCUGCCUGUCCAAUUCUUUCCAGCGGCAGCUCUCCAGCGCCACAUUCUCCAGCGCCUUCUCUGACAACGGCCUUGACAGCGACGACGAGGAGCCGAUCGAGGGGGUGUUCACCAAUGGCAGCCGCGUGGAGGUGGAGGUGGACAUCCACUGCAGCCGAGCAAAGGAGAAGCAACUGCUCCAAGUGCCGGUGGAAGCCAGCGACGAAGGGAUCGUCAUCAGUGCCAAUGAAGAUGAGCCCGGCCUUCCCAGGAAAGCUGAAUGUUCUGCCACAGGCACAAUAGGGCGUCGGCGGGGCAAUGGUUCUGUGGCACCACACGAGAGGAGCCAUAACUUAAUUGAAGUUGCAACGGAUGCACCACUCAGAAAAACUGGGGGCUACUUUGCUGCUCCAGCACAGCCUGAUCCUGAUGAUCAGUUCAUCAUCCCACCAGAGCUUGAGGAAGAAGUGAAGGAGAUUAUGAAGCAGCACCAGGAACAACAACAACAACAACAGCAGCAGCAGCAGCGGCAGUAUCCAAUGGACCACCUGGCAGACUAUUACGAUACACCACUAUGACCCACUCUAUUCACUGCUCAGAAAUAAACUAACAAAUAAGGACACUAGAGUGUGAGACCCAGUGGGCUUGCAUUACAGCAGGGGUUUUCCUUAUCCUUUUCCUUUAUAUACUUCCUUUUCCUUAUCCUGCCACUACAGAUAACUGCAGCUUUUCAGUUUGUUAGGUUUAAUAUUCAUUGACUUUCUUCUAGAGACGCUUGACUGGUAAAGUUUAAAAUAGUUAAUCUUCCCUUAACAUAUCAAGUGUAAAAACAGAAAAACAAAAAAAUAAAAAAAAUAAAAAGGUUUAAUAUAUUGCUGAGAAACAGAUGAUGAUGUAAUAUUUUUUAAAAUGGCUUGUUUGUUUUGUUUGAAAAGCAGGGCAGUAGCCAGUGCUAAAUGAUUUAAGUAAUAUUGUAAUACUGUAUUUCUUUGAGAGAAAAGGCUUUUUUUGGUCUUGAAAAUGAUAGACAUUUGUAGAAUAUGGAGACUAACUCCUAGGAGUUGCUUUACUCUUUCAGGUGACUUAAGUCACUGAGAUUCACUAAUUUUCUCUGAGAGAACAGUUGAUUGGGAAAUUCCUGUAAAUAGCUCAGUGUUGUAUAGUGAUGCUUACAUGUUUUGUAGCCUUGGCAUUAAGGACACAACCCGAAAAACUGACCUUUUUUCUUAAGCGACUCUUUGGGCCGUGGUCACGGAGCGUGAAGGACUGCGUGGCUGUGUACAAGUUAACUAGAGCCAAGGUGGUGUAGACUGUUUAUAGAAACCCACUUUUUCCUCCGGUCUCUUUCUUUCCUUACUUUUACAGACACGUUUUGUUUGUGUUCCUUACUGCUGCCACAACCAGCAUGAUUGUAUAGAGCUCAUUUGCUGUAGAACAUUUACAUACCAAGAGUUAUAUUAAAGCCGAAUGCACAAAUGAACAUGUCAUAAUUUUUGUUAUAAUAAAUAUAAAAUUUACACCUGA